AUGUCAACGUCGAGGAAGUACAAGGCCUUGAUACGCAGCAGGGACUGCGUCAUCAACUUCGUGGAACGGAUGGACCACUUCCUGAAAACAACACAAGAAUUCGAUGAACAAGCGGUCAAGAUUCGUUUGGAGAAGCUCGAUCAAAAAUAUCAGGAGUUCGAGGAUCUCCAGAGCGAUAUCGAAGGCAUGGAGGACAACGAAGAAAGCUUACUGGAUUACCAGCAGUCGAGGGCCGAUUUCGAGGAUAAAUAUUUCGAGGUAAGGGCAGGGUUAGCGAGAAAAUUAACUACAGAACAUGCGACACCAAAUACUGCGACUACACACACAAACAACGUCCCUCAUGUACAUGCUUCCGUGCGACUUCCUCAAAUAAACCUACCAGAGUUUGAUGGCAAUUUCCAAAAUUGGCUUCCGUUUCACGACACUUACGUGGCUUUAAUCGACUCCUCGGUGGAACUAACCGACAUACAAAAGUUCCAUUAUUUGCGUGCUUCUCUGAAGGGCGAUGCUUUGAAGAUGAUCGAUUCUUAUGCGAUGAGUGAGGCUAAUUACAGGGUGGCUUGGGAUAGUCUGGUUGAUCGGUUCUCCAACAAAUACCUCCUCAAGAAACGUCAUUUGAACGCCUUGUUCGAAUAUCCUAGAAUCAGGAGGGAAUCAGCGACUGGCCUGCAUGAACUCAUCGACUGUUUCGAACGUAACACGAAGAUCCUGGAUCAACUAGGGGAGAAGACGAAUGUAUGGGGAGCGAUGCUGGUGCAUCUAAUGGUCUCGAAGCUGGACGAGGUCAUUCAGAAGCGUUGGGAGGAAAAUGUCACACCGGAUAGAGAACCGUCGUACGCUUCAUUGGUCGAAUUCCUCAAAAGGCAAACUCGGGUGCUGGAUGCUGUCUCUGUCGAUCAGCAGAUGUUCUCCACGUCUUCGUCGUCAUCCAGUGGUAGCAAAUUCCGUCCAACUAAAGUUUCAGUUAACUCGGCGACUGAGAACUCGCUCCCAAGCUGCUUCGCCUGCAGUGAGAAGCAUUGGAUUACUCGGUGCCCAACUUUCGCUAGUCUUCCGGUGGAUAAACGGCUGCAGCUUACAAACUCCAAGCGGCUCUGCAGCAACUGCCUGGGUCGGAAUCAUUUAGCGAGAGAUUGUCCAUCUAAAUUCCGAUGCAAAACGUGCUCCAAAAAACACCAUUCGUUGCUGCAUCCUGGUUUCCCUGGUUCUGGAUCUAGUUCUGCUCCUAUCCCCACUCCAGCGAAUGACAACGGUAACACUUCUGCUCCAUCAAUUUCCGGCGGCGCUUCGAACUCUGGUCAAUUGGUUUCUAGUUCGGUAGCAUCAGUUUCAACCAACAUGGCGAUGGGGCAGCCAAGGUCACACUCAUUUCUACUCACGGUUUUGCUAAACGUGAAGGACGUAUGGGGAAGGGCCCACCACGCAAGGGCACUUUUGGAUUCUGGUUCCCAAGUCAACCUGAUGUCGGAAAAUCUCUGCAAGCUGCUUCAAUUAUCACGGCGGGAUAGGAAGGUGGAAAUAACUGGAAUAGGACGAUCACGAAGCCGCACGGCUUUCGAAGUUUCCACCACAGUUUCUUCUCGGGUGCAGAAUUUCUCGACGUCAUUGGACUUUCUGGUUCUGGGGCAGGUCACCGACGACCAGCCAUCUGUCUCGCUUCCACAAACGCAACGGAAAAUUCCACCCGAUAUGGUUCUAGCCGAUCCUGAAUUCAACAUCUCUGGUCCGAUCGAUUUGGUAUUGGGUGCACAGUACUUUUACGAUUUCCAUGUACGCGAUGGUGGCCGGUUGCAAAUUCGCAAGGUCGACGAUACGCUUCCAGUAUUUGUCAAUACGGUGUUCGGAUGGGUGGCAGCCGGCGAAGCAAAACGCAUGGAUGAAUCAACACGGGUCAGCUGUCACGUUGCCAAGGUAGAAUCUCUGGACAAGGCAAUCGAAAAAUUCUGGACGGUUGAAGAGUUGACGAUCAAAACGCCACGGUCACAGGAAGAGGAGGACUGCGAGACGCACUUCGUGAACACAUUCACACGCGAUGACACCGGCAGAUAUAUCGUGCGAUAUCCCAAACGCAUGAACUUCAGCAGCAUGGUUGGCGAAUCGAAGCAGACGGCUCUGCGACGAUUUCUUCAGACAGAGAAACGAUUGGAACGAGACCCAAACCUACGAUCGCAGUACGUGGAUUUCAUGAAGGAGUACAUCAAGCUGGGCCACAUGAAAUACAUCGGUGAAGCAGACGAUUCUCGCUUGGAUAAAGAUAAAACGGUCUGCUACCUUCCCCACCACCCGGUAUUUAAGGAAUCUAGUUCCACCACAAAGGUACGGGUAGUCUUCGAUGGAUCGGCGAAAACGUCCACAAAUCAUUCGCUGAACGAAGCUCUACUCACCGGCCCUACGAUUCAGGAUGAACUCUUGGAUCUGAUGCUCCGCUUCCGGAAACAUCUUAUCGCUUUGGUCGCUGAUGUCACGAAAAUGUACCGGCAAAUCUUAAUCCACGUCGACGACAUUCCCCUUCAACGAAUCCUGUGGCGAUGUGAUCCAUCAGAACCAAUUCAGGUGUACGAGCUGCUAACCGUCACGUACGGCUUGUCCCCAUCGUCAUUUCUCGCCACACGUGUGCUGAAGCAACUGGCUUUGGAUUCCGCUCAGAAGUACGAACUUGCAGCACGGACCGUGCAAGAAGAUUUUUACAUGGAUGACUUUCUCUCUGGAGCAAACACAGUAGAAGAAGCCAUAAAACUGCAGAAGGAAGUCCAAUCACUACUGGCCGAAGGGGGCCUCGAGCUGCGUAAAUGGAGCUCCAAUAGUCCAGAAGUCCUGGAGAACUUACCCAUCGGAGCGCUUGGAGGAGAAACAAUGCUGCACUUCGAAGCGGACCAGAAAAUUAAAACGCUAGGAGUGGGGUGGGAAACCGGAUCAGACCAGCUUUGCAUCGAAGUACAACCAUCUACGAACGAAGGCAUUUGGACAAAACGCAAAAUUUUCUCGGCAAUUGCGAAACUCUACGACCCACUCGGAUUGGUCUCACCGGUUGUGGCAUGGGCCAAGAUAAAGAUGCAACAACUUUGGCUGUCAACUUUUGACUGGGAUGAUCCUAUAUCUGACGAUAUCGCCCGGAAAUGGGAGGAAUUCGCGGCCCAAUUGACCCUUCUGAAAGGCUACAAGGUUCCUCGGUUCGUCUUUCUGGCCGAUUCGAUCUCCACACAAUUUCACAUCUUCACCGAUGCGUCCGAAGUUGGGUAUGGUGCCUGCCUUUACACACGUUCAACCGGCAAGGAAGGUCAAAUUAAAACCGAGCUCGUCGCGGCAAAAUCACGGGUUGCCCCUCUCAAACGGCUUAGUCUGCCGCGGCUCGAGCUCUGUGCUGCACUUUUGGGGGCGAAACUAUACGCCAAGGUUUCAGCAGCGCUGCGGAUGGAGGGUAUUCCUUGCUGGUUCUGGUCGGACUCAACGGUCACACUCCACUGGAUACAGGCACCACCCAAUACUUGGCAAACGUUUGUUGGGAACCGAACGUCUGAAAUUCAACAGCUAACUCACGGCCAUAGCUGGAAUCACGUGAAGGGAACAGAAAACCCGGCGGACCACGUUUCUCGCGGAAUGCUUCCCCAGGAAUUCGUAUCAAACACCAUCUGGCGACACGGUCCUUCCUGGCUAGCGAAAUCGGAUGAAUAUUGGCCUAAACACAUAACUGGUACUCCACCGGAAGAUCUACUAGAACGGCGAAAAACGGUACUUGUGAUACAUCAACCACAGGAGCAUUCUUUCCUAUUUUACCGGUACUCAUCCUUCUGGCGUUUGGUUCGGAUCAUCGCUUUAGUUCUUCGUUUUCUGAAUCGUUGUCGUCGCAAACCUAACCCCUAUCCUCACCAACUCGCAUCAGUCGGGGAGCUAGAGCACGCCAAAGAAACGCUUACGAAGAUUGCACAGCAGGAGAUGUUCACUGGAGAGUUUAAGGAGCUCGUUAAAACUCGAUCCGUUUCCAACAAAUCAUCGUUGAGGUUACUUGGUCCAUUCCUCGACGAAAAAGGUAUCAUCCGACUCGGUGGCAGACUUGAACACUCUUCAGAGAACUAUCAGACCAAGCACCCUAUGAUCCUACCUAAAAUACACCCACUCACACGCCUUAUCACCAAACACUAUCACGAACUCUGCAUGCACUCUGGUCCUCGCAUGACUUUAGCCACGAUGAGGCAAGAAUUCUGGCCGGUGAACGGUAAAGCCAUCGUCAAUCUUGUGUGUCGCAAGUGUCCGCAAUGCUUCCGCCAAAACCCUGUCCCUGUCACGCAACCCGUUGGUCAACUACCGCAGCCUCGUACAGCACCUUGCAGAGCCUUCACUGUGGUCGGAGUGGACUACUGUGGACCCGUGUACACGAAACCAGCGCACCGACGAGCAGCACCACGAAAGGCAUACAUCGCCGUGUUUGUCUGCUUUGCAUCCAAGGCUGUACAUCUCGAACUGGUCUGUGAUCUGUCCACGGAAGCCUUCAUCGCAGCUCUACGUCGCUUCAUCGCUCAUCACGGAAUGCCAACUGAGAUUCACUCGGACAACGGUACGAAUUUCCAAGGGGCAAACAACACACUCGCCGAACUGUACCGUCUCUUCAAAAAUAAACGCACCCGGGAAGCAAUUGUCAGCGAAUGCAGCAAACAUCGGAUCCAGUGGCACUUUAUACCGCCGAGAGCACCGUCCUUUGGUGGCCUAUGGGAGGCUGCUGUAAAAUCUGCGAAGACAUCUCUGGUGAAAACACUCGGCAACACCCAGCUUUCCUUUGAAGAAUAUGCGACUGUGCUGGCCCAGAUUGAAGCGAAUAUGAACAGCCGACCUCUGACGUCCCUAUCAAGCGAUCCAACAGAGCUGGAUGUCCUCACUCCCGGGCACUUUCUCAUCGGGUCGCCGCUUAUCAGCCUGCCGGAUCCGGACUACACCCACGUACCAACCAACCGACUCAAUCACUAUCAGCAGCUGCAGAAACUCAUCCAACAACACUGGGACCGAUGGAGGAGGGAAUAUCUGACCGAAUUGAACCACCAGCGGGAGAAAUCCUCACUUUCGAUGGAUAUCCGAGUCGGACAAACGGUCCUAGUCCAGGAAGACGGAAAAUCGUCCGUUUCUUGGCCACUUGCACGCAUCGAACAAAUUCAUCCCGGAGCAGACGGAGUGGUACGAGUCGCGACAUUGAGAACUGCCAGUGGAACCUACAAGCGUCCUAUUUCGCGAAUUUUUCCACUUCCUUAUGACAACGAACCGAACGACACUCUAGGAACACAAAUAGCUAAAAAGGGAGAAGAUUAG